GUCCCCACGUCUAUACUGGAGUUCCCCCCCCCUCCCCUCCUCUCACUCCCCUUCGCAUACAGUAGCUAUGCGACUAAAAAAGGAUGAUUUGCCAUUAGCUUCAUCGUUUUGGGUAGGCUCGACGAGAGCUAAAAAAACGUGCGCCGCCUCCGCUGUCCACACCCGCACGAUGGGUGCACCCUGGGUCAAAUUGAAAGGUUACCAAAGAUCAGGAAGACUGAAAGAGCGGGACAAGACAAGCGACAGAGACAGCGCGGUCGGAAGAUGCCUCUUCCACGCUGGCUGAAUCAGCGAACCCUGGACUCGACCCAUGACAUCAAAGCAGAUGAAAAGGAUUCAGGUCGGAGACAUUUCUUCCUAUUAUUCUUCCGUCGACUAUAAGCUAGUGGAAUCUCUGUAU